AUGAAUGGGAAAAUCCAGCUCCAGGUUCCAAAGAUGAGAAAUUCAAGGAAAACAAAGCCAACGAAAUCUACUGGUGAUAAAAACGGAGAAACUGGACGAGCCAAUCAAAAUCAAGGCCAACAUAACAAUGUUGCAAGCUCACCAUAUAUGGUAACUGCCACUUUGAUACUCCCUGUCGCAUGCGUUGCCAUCUUCUACGUCAUUAAUCAACCUCCACCUAUCAAGCCAUCAAUCAACAGUCAUUCAACCUAUCCCCUCUCAGCGGAAGUCAGUGGAUGGCAACGCGCGAGCGUCGAGGAGGAAAAAAAAUUCAACACGAAUUUCUGCACGAUUGAAAGAAGGAAUGCAUCAAGUUUGACUUCUGAAGAGUUUGAACAAGUUUACAGGUAUAGGAAACCCUUAAUUGUGCAUUUUAACAACGGUGCAGCUGAUUGGACAGAUCCAAUGAAAUGGACAAAAGCCAGUUUGCGGAAGUUUUAUAGUCAAUGGUCUAUUCUGAGCGGAACAUCAGAGGACAUAGUACGAAGAGGAGGGAAUGGAGACACAGAGACGUCCUUUGAUGAAUAUUUAGAGAUAAUGCAUAGAAAGAAACAUAACGACGAACCCAUGUAAGUGUGGAAGCAGUUAUUAUUUUAACCCCUGGGAAGCGUGGGGGGUGGGGGGUGGGGUCGGAGAAUGUUUUUGGAGGGGGGGAUUACUUGGUUUUCAGGGAGACGAGGGGGGAUCAGUCAUCUGUAAGACUUUGUAUGCUAAUGAUGGGGAUCAGAAGAAUACUACAAGGCCUUGAGGAGGGAUCAUUUAAAUUUUCUCGUGGCACAACCAAAAUCCCCACACCCCUCCCCCCCUCGUCAUAAAUAAUGACCAGUCUCUAAUUCAGAAGAGUAUGAUGUUGACGACUAACUUCUUUACUAUUAAUAAUUGAUAAUAUUAAUAUUAAUAAAUAUGUGGGGGUAGAGUCUGAUGUUGACGACUAACUUCUUUACUAUUAAUAAUUGAUAAUAUUAAUAUUAAUAAAUAUGUGGGGGUAGAGUCUACCUUGGCAUAAAAUGCUCAAUGCUGUGGUAGAAGAGCUAGGUAUACAUAAGUUAAAGAAUUUAAGAGGACGCAUCGAUUCUCCGUGACUCUGAGUUUCGCGCCUAAGCGCUCGUCAGACAGAACUUAAUAUUAACAUUAUAUAUUAAAUUAAUAUUAAUUUAAUUAUUUUUGUAUAGUUCACCUAACAUGUGUCAAGUUACGCAGUUUUCUUUCAUUUUGAAUCCUGGAUACAUUUAAUCGUGGAAACUUAAGGAAAAGUUACAUCGGAAUACGAUAUUCAAAUGUCGUGGCGUUUACAUGGCCUCGUGAAUCUGGGUGUAGCAUGCAUCUUAUCAAAUAUGGCCGACCUGCCGACUGAUUGUUAGAUUUGGUGGAUUGAUUGAGGAGGACUCUUGUGGGGAUGUAGGGUCAAUUCUGUUUUUUCAGGAAUCAGAGGGUCAUUGGGUUUCAGUGCAAUCACUGCAUAUUAUCAUGAUUUAGCACUCUUCAUCCCAUUUUUACCCACUGUUAGGUACGUCUUCGACAGACGUUUUUAUAACGAUAGUGAUCUACCACGGAGUAUCAGAGUGCCACUGUAUUUCAACAUAAAGGUAAUCAGAAAACUUUUAACGUUUUUGACGAAAGGAAGCGAAGAAUAGGGUUUCCAGGAACGAAAUUGUUGUCAUUUUUUCAGGUUACAAGAAAAUGAAUUUUAAAAGGUAUGAAGCUAGUGGGUGUAAAGCUCUUUUUUUGGGGAGGGGGCGAACUUGCUGUAAUGGGGCACACCUGCCGUGUCGGUGCGAACUUGCUGUGGUGGGGCGAAUCUGUGAUAGGCGAAACCACUGGCUACCCCACAAAGUGUAGCUUUUGUUCUCUCCCCUCAGUCCUCCUCGUGCACUAUUCAUAUUUGUGUCAUCCCUCCCCUGCUACUGAAAAUAAAAUACUGAGAGAUAUACUGCCGUGCCAUAGUGUCCCUUGAAGAAAGUGCUUUAAAAAUGUAACGGGCUUCUUAGAGACAGAUCUCUGUAAACAUAGAAAUAGCUGUUUUGAAGUAAAUUCCUUUUGUAGGAUGGUGUGGAUUCCAGUAUAUUUUUCCUUGGCGGAUCUGGUUCUGGAGUCAGUUUUCAUAAACAUGCUGAUGCAUGGAAUGGAGUUAUUUUUGGACGAAAACGUUGGUUCCUAUAUCCACCUCAAAAAACGCCACCAGGCGGUAAGUAAAGAUGAAGGUAAAACCUUAUGCAUGCGCAGACCACACGGGUCUCACCCCAAAGCUCCAGUCAACCCUUUUCCUCCCAAGAUCUCAUUAGUAAUUCUCUUUACUAUCUGCAAUACAGUUCUCGUGUUAUUAGUAUGGAGAAUUUGGUAUUGGAUCAGCCAACGAUCCCUUGAUUGACAUUUUUCUUUAUAUUCAUCACUUGUCUGCUGAUAUUUCAUUGAUGUUAAAAGGAGAAAUUUUGUUUUGGUUAUUCGUGGGAGUUCGCUUCACUCUGCUCAAUAGCUCCCUAGCGGAGCCCCAUCACAAAUAAAUAUCUAAGAUCAGAAUUCCCUCAGUUCAACAGUUUACUCCCAUUUGAUUUUGUUUCUAAGUUCUUUUCAAACUCUCGCACAAGGAGUAGUUGGCGUCGUACUUUCCUCGAUUCAGAAGAAAUGUUAUUGCUGCUUUAGGUGUUUGGCCGAGUUUUUCUCAACUGGAUUGGAUCAAAAAAGUUUAUCCUAACUUGCCACCAAAAGACAAACCACUUGAGUGCGUUCAAGAGGAGGGCGAAAUUCUCUACUUGGUAAGUUAAAUAUCUCUCCUUUUUAAAUGUCUAUCACCAUCUUCAAUCGAAUGUAUACGCUUUAUAACUUUUAACUAAAUUUGUGACCUCUCAUCCUCUGGUUACUUAACUACGAGCAAUCCCUGCUCUGGGAUUAAGGCGUCUCCCAGAGUUCUACGAGGGGCGCAAACGUUAUUUUAUUUCUCCAAUGACUUUUAUUACUCACAGCUAAAAGGCUGCUCGAUAUCUAUUUGCUUGCCAGACAAUUUUCUAAAAUUACCACCUUUUCCUCUCUUGCAGCCCGAAUCAUAUUACCACGGCACAGUGAAUAUAGGCGACACAAUGGCCAUUGGAAUUCAAAAAUACAACGCUGCUACAAAAAUAGAGAAGCUGUUUUAUAAAUGUACGUAUUACAUGUAAGGAUCAAUGUCAGUAUACGAUCAACUGCGCACUUAACCCUUCCCCUAACCCAGCAACAGUCAAGGGAUAACUAAUUAGGGUAUAUGAUGGGUUAGGGGAGGGGCAGGUAAGCUGUUGCUCAGAUACAGACAUUAAUCUGUUUCUUUUAAUUUGCGAGUCAACAAGCAGUGCUGCAACUGUAUCAUAUGUUGUAUGUCAUGUCCCGCGCCCAGACCUUCCACGGCCAAGCGGUCGUCAGAUUCCUACAUUUCAGUUACAGUUACGCGGUAGGAUCUGGGUAUGAGAUUAUUGUUGUAUAUCUGUUGCAUCAGUGGUGUGUGGGGAAUUUUAGAGUAUGCUCAUCGUCUGUAACAUGCGCAACAGUUCUAACCCAUAUGUAUCAACUGUAACACUAAGCGCUACAGUUUUAAUAUAACUCUACUGCGUUUAAUAAUACACUUAACAGUUCUAACGUGAGUUCAGUGCCUGUAAAAUCACGCGCAACCAUUUUAAUGCGAAAUUACUAUCGAUAACAUUGUACGCCAUACUUUGACCUGAGACUGCGGUCAAUGGCAUCAUCAUGAUCCGAAACGUUGACCCCACUGCCUGGAACUCUUUGCACAACAAUUUCAACAUAUUUUCAUGGAUUAUAAGAACGAACGCAAAUGCAUAAGCUUUCUUUCAACUAUCUAAUCCUUCAUUGUGAAGUUGUAUUUCUUCCACUGUUAACGUCUCUAAGAGAAAAUUGUUGAGUAAUUAGUUGUGUGUUAGCUGAUCCAGCUCAGUGGCUAUUUUGUCGUUUUGAAUAAAUUUUAUUGUUUUAUUGCCAUUUUUGUCCUUAACAGUGGGAAAAAGAAGAGAAGAAGACCUUGAAAUUUUAAAGGAGUUAUCAGAUCUGUUACCAGGUAUUUGAAGCACACGUUAGUUAGCUCCUUUUCAAGCCGAUUUCAAAGAUAGAGUUGUUUUUCAUACAGAGAGCACCGAAGUCCUUCAUAAACUUGCUCACCAAUACUUCACAGCUGGAAAUUUUCAACAGGCGAUCAAGGUUUGUAGUAUCUGGUAGAAUACACUUUUAGAUUAAGGAUGGUAUUCGUGCUUUAGUUGAAAUGGGACGAUCACAAUUGCUUGUGCCCAAACCAGAAACUGCAUUUGUCAAGCAGUGAAAGCGUGGGACGUGUAGUUCGUGCUGAGAAUUAACGGCGCUGAUAAGAAAAAGGUUAAAGACAAGUGUCACUCAAAUAUUCAUAAUAAAGAGUACAGUGGCCUAUUUUGAAGCGAUUUAGUUCUUCCGUGCCAUACAUACCUUUUGCUAACCGAGUUCGAGGUGCGUACGUUGAGUUACGAAAAAACUGAGGUUGAAUUUAGCGGUCUGUACGGUGAAAUAUGGCCCGCUAAGUGACAAAUCAUGACGCACGCACCAACUAAGAGAUAUAACUAAUUUGAAUCGACACCCAAGAAAAAGAUCAAGAGUGGUUCUUAAAUAAAGGAUAUCGCCGCCUUGUUCGCUCAGGUAUUCAAUCAGAAAAAAAUUAUUUACCUCAUAUUGCCUACUCACGACAAUUCUAUUAAGAUUCCCCUUAUCUCUUUCCCCACAGACCCUAAAGAGAGCUGUGCAAAGGGAUCCCUUUUUCGUAAUCGCUAAACUCGACCUUGCCAGGUAUUACGAUCAAGAUGGUAAUACAGAAAAGGCUGACCAGCUAUUUCAAGAAGCCCUUGAAGUUCACCCUGACAGUUUUGAUGGACAUAUUCACUAUGGAGAGUUUCUUUAUGAAAAGGUACAAUGAUCGUGCAACUUGUUUUUCUAGGAAUAAAACAAGCAACUAUAACUUCUCAGUUCAAGGUUAGACCUAACUGCUGGGGGUUACCCCUAAGGGUUAACACUCAAAGCUUACCCCUGGGGAUAGCCUCGAUGAUUUACUCCUACGGUUAACCCUAGUCCCUCUUCGCCUCAAUUGUAAGCUCAUUAUUUGUAGCAAAGACUUUCGUCCUGUUAUAUAAGCCCCUUAGGCAACUCCCAUUUACGAGCUGCAUCAGAGAAAAGUCAAUCUACGUAUCAAUCCCUUUCCCCCAAAAAGAGGUAUUUCAAUGUAAGCAUUCCAAUACAUUAGUUGCGUCAUUUUUUCUCUCUUUUUCCUGCCGUGAAACAGCAACCUUUUCAUUUUGGCUGGUUUUGCAACAUGAAUCAAAUACGAUUCAAAAUUGUUGAUUAUACUACGUCUUGCUACUUAACGCUUAUAUUGUCCUAUCUGGACCAAUGUCGUUAUCUGAGAAUCUGCACACCUACCCCUCCCCUGACCCAACAACAGUCAGCUAAUAACAAGUUAGAGUUAAUGUUAGCUUAGGGGAGGGGUAGGUGCGCAGUUGCUUAGAUACUAACAUUGAUCUGAGCAAUUUUUCUGCUCUCAUUUUUCAGAGUGAUUAUCAAAAGGCAGCAGUCUAUUACAAAAAGGUAAACAAGACACUUGAAGGAAACUUUGUUUAGUUAGCUUUUCUAUUCCCUCUUCUCACAAACAAUCAACGAAUAAAUCCAUUGACAUGAACAAGUUUUCCGUUUGAAUUGAUUUUCAGCUCAUCCUGAUGAGGCCUGACAAAGCAUUUGGCUACCACUGGCUGGCAAAAUGCCUUGAAAAGAUCGGUGACGAAGAUGGUGCGAAGGCGACCAGACGAAAGGCACAGAAUUUUUCCCGUGAAUGA